CAUAAAAAUUCAGACAUCACAGGCGAACGACCUAUAUUUUCUGCUGUAAAAAUCCAAUGACUUCAACAUAAAAUAUUCUUGAAAAUCAGAAUAUAAAUAUAUUUUGGAUUUACACAAAAACAUCAACAUAAAUCAUGGCUGGAGUUCUUCGCUUUAGCGUGAACAUAAUUAAGGGAAAUGCCAAGCCUCUUGUCAAAGCUAAUGUUCCUGUAAUUAUUAAAGUAUGUGGAAUCUCAGGCAAAACUUUGAGAGGAGAAAAUAAAAUUGUAAAGCCGAGUCCAUUUCCUUACAAAACAAAAGAAUAUGAUGUUUGGAGUGCAUUUUUAGACAAGACAACUAAGAGAUUCGAUGAUAAUUCAAAGAUGAUUUGCGUUGAAGGUCCAAUUUGUUCAGGAAAAACCAAAUUUGCAAAGGAGCUUGCUGAUGAAUUAGAAAUGACAUAUAUGCCAGCACCUACAAUGGAUGAUAUUUACAUCAACGCCUAUGGAUAUGAUUUGAGAAAACUUGACGAUCAACUUCCAGAGAAUGUCAAGAGCUUUGAUAAUAAAAAGUUUUGCUUACAACCAAAUCAUCGCAGUGUCGGAACUUAUCAAAUCAGAAUGUAUAUGCUCCGCGUAAGCAAUUACAUUGAUGCCUUAGCUCAUAUCCUUUCAACUGGACAAGGUGUCGUUUGUAAUCGCUCACCAUACUCUGAUUUCGUUUUUGUUGAAGCUUUAAUGCGCAGCAAUUACAUCUCAAGAGGUGUUCGUUCUGUAUAUUAUGAUUUGCGUAAUCAUACAUUGCCGGAAUUAAUGAAACCACAUCUUGUCAUCUAUCUUGAUGUUCCAGUAAAACAAGUGAAAGAAAACAUCAAGAAACGAAAGAUUGACUAUGAAGUUCAAUCAAAAGUUUUUAAUGAUCAAUAUUUAGGUGAUAUUGAGACUGGAUACAAGCAACGUUUUUUGAAGGAUAUCUCAAAUCAUGCUGAAUUGCUUGUUUACGAUUGGACAGAAGGUGGUGAAACUGAAGUCGUUGUAGAGGACAUUGAACGAAUUGAUUUUGAUCGUUUUGGACAUUAUGAUGAGAAGAUGAAGGAUUGGAGAAUUAUGACAGAAUGGGAAUGGUGUGAAAAGAGAAUCCUUUAUACAUCAGACAAAGCCGAUGUUAUGAAUUAUUUCAAUGUCCCACGAUUUGAUGUACCAGAACUUAUUCGCGAAGCAGAUGAUGCUAAAGCUGUACGUGAUGUCUAUGGACAUGCUCCAGGCGAAAGAUACAUCCAUGGAUAUAAUGCAGAUAUGGGAGAUAGCGGAAUUUUGACAAAAACUAAAUAUCGAUUUGAUUUCAAGUAAAUUGAAUUAAAAUAAAACAUUUGAAGAAAUUAAAAGAUUAGACAUCAUUAAAAGAUAUUUAUUGUGCUAGAAAUCAAGCAUAUAUUUUGUACAUAAG